AAGUCCCUACCGCACAGGCUCAAAGCUUCAAGCCAGGAGGAGGUGGUUACGCUGUGUCUUUUGUAUCCCUUGGCUGGUGUAUUUGUACAUUUCUCGGGACGUGAAAUUGAGAGUGAAAAACAUGGCAGAUGAGCAAGAAAUCAUGUGCAAAUUAGAAAGCAUUAAAGAGAUAAGGAACAAGACCCUGCAGAUGGAGAAGAUUAAGACCCGCUUGAAAGCUGAGUUUGAGGCACUUGAGUCAGAGGAGAGGCACCUGAAGGAAUACAAACAAGAGAUGGACCUCCUACUGCAGGAGAAGAUGGCCCAUGUGGAGGAACUCCGACUGAUCCAUGCUGACAUCAAUGUGAUGGAAAACACUAUCAAACAGUCUGAGAAUGACCUAAACAAGCUGCUAGAGUCAACCCGGCGGCUGCAUGAUGAGUACAAGCCACUGAAAGAACAUGUAGAUGCCCUGCGUAUGACUCUGGGCCUGCAGAGGCUUCCUGACUUGUGUGAAGAAGAGGAGAAACUUUCCUUGGAGCGUGCUUGUCAUGUCACCAGCAAAUUCAUCGGAAUGCACCUAUAUGCCCUCUGUGCAAAGCCAAGAGUCGGUCCCGGAACCCCAAAAAGCCAAAACGGAAGCAGGAUGAAUGAAGAAAGGGAGAGCACAUACAGCUCUGCUGAUCAUCAACCACCCCCACCAGAGUGAUUGAUGUUCUGAUGUGAAACAACCCUUCCCCACUCCACCAAGUCUCCUAUUUAACAUGAUGGAAGCACAACCCUUCUCUCACUUUGCUCUAAUUUUUUUUUUUUUUUUUUUGCACUUGAGAUUUCUGGUUUAGGAAGAGAAGUGGUUCAGGUGCUAAUGACAGUGUGUCUGAUGAUCCCUUCUCUUCCACUGACAUUUCACUCCAUGUCCAUGUUUAGAGCUAAGGGAAGGGGAAAAGGCCCAGAAGUGAUUCUCUGUUUUUUGUUCCUGAGGCCUGAAGCCUAAGGAGCUAUAGAGUCGUGUUUCCCCUUCCUAUACUGUACUUUUGCCUUAAGGCUGUAAAGGAACAAGUCUCUUGCUGAACUUGCCAGCAGGCUGGGUGCAUCUGCCUCCCCAACUCUCUUUAUCUUAUCCUUAAGACCCAGUAGUAGGUUGGGAUGAGUCCUCCUUUUUAUAGUCAUUUGGGGGCCUGGCUGUUGUUCUUUAGCUCUAUCCACCUUAGUCUCUCAGAUAUACUAAAAUUCUUAGGUACCAGACUGUCUGUCUGGGGAUCCUGAGAUCGAUGGGUCUUUCCCCCAUACCACUAGUAUUUGCAAUUCAGUAUUAGAAGUUUCCAAUAGUAAAAUCAGGGAGCCAGACCCAUUCUACAAGUUCUGCAUAACUCAUGCCUAAGCCAUUGGGCCUGAGAUUUCUGUUGUAUGAGCUGCCUCAUGCUGAGAGAUGCUCCAGGAUUAUAUCUGUGUUGGCUUUUGUUCUGAACCAUUACUCUGGUACCUGACUAACGGUCACAGAGAGGAGAGGAGUGAAUUUAGAUUCAAGUGUCAGUCUCUUUACAAAUACAGGUAGGUAGGACUUUCCCUCCAUUCAUCUCUCCCUUUUUUGGAUCUGCCUUCUUCUGUAAGGCAGCCUCAGCUCAGAACAGCUUGUGGCCACCUCUGCCCUAUAGAUUGUUCAGGUGGCCUUCCCUCCCAAAAGAAAAGACAGCAGGCUCCUUAUGCCCCACAGCUCUCCUCCCCACCAGUCAGUCAUUCUUGAACUUAACGGGGAAGAUAGAGUUGGCUAGCUGAAAAUAUUUUAGCUCUCAGUCCUUGGCUGAGGAGGGUAGAUCUUUUUCCCUCCUUCCUUAACUGUAGUUUCACAUUGACAUAGUGUUUUUGUGCUCAUAAUAUAAAAGAUUCCUCUGCUCUUUAAAAAUUAGAGUGUUACAUAAAAUACAAACAUUUGUUCAUUGAAAUAAAUUCUGACUGGGUACUUUCUGUGUAUUGGAUAAUAAAAAAAGAUG